AGUUUGCAUCGUACGCUUCCCGAGUGUGGAACGCAAAAGUCUCGACUGCUUCGUACCGUGCGAAGAGGCUCUCGUGUGUGUUUUAUGUCCGUUUCACGUUUUGUGUGCCGCCCAUGACAGGGAAAGGACUGGCAGCCAGCAUAAGCAUAUAGCAGAUAGCAUUAAAGUAUCCUCUCGCACAGAAACUGUGAUUGCUUUGGAAGAUUUUUCGGUAUUACGUCGAUUCGCGGUUCGUGUUCGCGUGCGUUUUUGUCGCGAUUUCGUUGCGCCUGAUGCCAAGAGUGCAUUUCCUCGGCCGAAUUUUCCCACAAGAGCAUUUUCAUUCACAAAACAGCAAGUGGGGGGCACUGUGCGGGGUAAGAGAAACAGAACCUAGCAGCGCAGCGAUCGCAGGAAGACGGGAGAAAGGGUGUGGGUUUUGUGAGUUAUGAUGAAAAACACAGCGUUCCAGGAGCAAAACAGCCCGAAAAUCAAUGAAAAGUGAGGCUCCUUGGCGUGAAGAAGACGAAGGUGGUGAGCAAAAGGAGCAGUGUCAAAUCGAAUAGAACCGAGAUGAAUUCAAGUGGGCUUCCUGCCGUAUGAUUAUUCAAAAGGUGCGGUAGAUUCCCGAACUAGGGAUCAAUACAAGCGACAAGUUGUGAUUAGAGCCGAGAACGAAGUGUUCAGGACGAGGAUGAUGCAAGGACAUCUCCCAGGUGUGUGACGGAGGGGCGAAGAAUGAAAGUGGAAGAAAAUGAUAGCGCGCCCCCAUCACUGAAGAAAAACUUGUGAGAUAUUUUUGUGAAAAGUUUUCGAACCCGAAAAAAAGGUGAAACAGCAGAAUCAGAUUGUGCGAGGGAACAGUGUGCCCGGGAAGAAAUCAGUUCCAGCAUAUCGGGGACGACGAAGGAGAAACUUUGAUAGUAGCAGCAGCCGGAGCAUCGGAACAAGCGGCGACAAACAAUCUUCGGAAGCAAUCAGCAGGAGAGGAGGAAUGAGUUUGUGUCUGCUUCCUGUGUAUGCGCUACUCUUCUCUAGCGAGGAUUAAUGUGCAAGCGUAAUCAGAAAUAGUCGUAACCGCCGCCGACGCCACCGACCAACCGAUGCCAAUCAGCUGAAGCCUUCACUGGGAGAGCGAGAGGUGACGCACAUCAGGACAGUGACACAAAGAGGACGGGGAUGAAAAUUGGAUGAGCCCCCGCUCGUGCGCUAUCAGUGACAAAUAUGAAAAUAAUAUGUAAAUUUAUGAAAAUUUGAUAAGUUUUUUGUUCGGAUUCGCGUUUGUGUUUACGUUCUAAUUGGUUCGCGAGUGCGACGAUUUUUUUUUCGGUUUGUUUCGCGUGUUCAUUUGUAACGUAAUCGGGAUUUUUAUCGCCUGCAAUCCGCCGGUUCGACGGGAGGAAAAAAUGUCAUGAUUUAUCUGUUGUGUUGAAUUUUUUCCACCUCCCCUGGUAUUAAAUUUAACAAUAAUUUUGCGGUGCGGAGAGUCAAGUGCUUAAAGGACGGAGAAGAAAUUCGAUCAAGUAGUGCGAUGCAGUAAAUUAACGAACGAGAGGAGUAGGAGCGAAAAGCAGGCGAGAAAGAAAGGAGUGAGAGUGGAAGCAGAGAGAGCUUUGCGGCAGUCGGCCAAGAUGAACACGUACGAUUACGAUUACACUGCAACCAUGGAGUGCCGAGAUAAUGGAAUACUUCGUGGAGCCGUGAAAAAUAACACAAGAGGCUGCCUCCUGGACGGAGUUCCGCCUUCAGCUCCACCAGAUGUACCACCGCGUAAUCCAACAAUGAAUCGCAUGAAUGGACGCGUCACCGGUAACCCUACGGAGCUAGGCGUCGAUUUUGAACCGUCCUGUCUGGUGCGAACGCCAUCGGGCAACGUUUACAUUCCGAGCGGAAAUCUAGCAAUUAAUAAUAAAGGAUCACCGAUAGACUACAAAACGGGUUCGGCCUGUUCAACCCCAACGAAGGACACGCUCAAGAGCUACGACCGCAACUGCAUGGGUCCGGUACUUCCACCGAGGAGCGCCAUGUGUGGUCCACCGUCACAUCACUACUCAGCCCCGCUGAACUUCCGCAAAGGCUUCACCUUCACCAAAUGUACAUGGAAGUGUACGGCUAUACUAGUUGUAUUAUUAUGUGUUAUACUGGUUAUAACAUUACUAUUAACAGCAUCUAACGUAUUAAGUAUAUCAUAUCCUACCAACAAUCCCUGUACAGUUCUAGUCGAUGAAAAAGCGGAAAUCUCUGCAGCCAAAAGUACGAUAGCGGACGCGAACCGGGCGACGGGGCCUGGAAGCAUCGGGGCGUUACCAGGGCGGCCUAACCCGUCCGGCAGUGCGGGAGAUUCCGCAUCGCUAAGUUCAGCUUCCGCAUCCGCGUCCUCGUCUUCAUCAGCGGCAUCAACCGCGUCGGCCAACAGCAAUAGUAAUGCGAACAACAAUAACAACAACCAGAACAACGGAGGUGCACGAACAUUUCCGGCACGGAGUUUCCCCCCGGAUGGGACCACCUUCUCGCAGAUCUCGCUCGGCCAACGGCUAUCCAAGGAAAUCCCCCCGUACAGCUACUGGAACAUGCAGUUCUACCAGUCGGAACCGGCGUACGUCAAGUUCGACUACGGUAUCCCGCGGGGCGCCUCGAUCGGGGUGUACGCCCGGCGGAACGCCCUACCGACGCACACCCAGUACCAUUUUAAGGAGGUCCUGAGCGGAUUCAACGCCCGGCAGACCCGAGCCACCCAUCCCUCGAUGCGCCGUGAAGUGACUCGCUACAUGGAACCCGGCCACUGGUUCCUGUCGAUCUACAACGACGACGGAGACGCCCAGGAGAUAACGUUCUACGCCAUCGUUGCGGAAGACAUGACCCAGAACUGCCCUAACGGAUGCUCCGGCAACGGCCAAUGCCUGCUGGGCCACUGCCAGUGCAAUCCAGGCUACGGAGGUGAUGACUGCAGCGAGAGCGUAUGUCCGGUGCUCUGUUCGCAACGCGGCGAAUACAUCAACGGCGAGUGUCAGUGUAAUCCCGGCUGGAAGGGCAAGGAGUGCUCACUGCGGCAUGACGAGUGCGAGGUUCCGGACUGCAAUGGCCACGGGCACUGCGUCAGUGGAAAGUGCUCGUGCGUACGAGGAUACAAGGGAAAAUACUGCGAAGAAGUGGACUGUCCCCAUCCGACCUGCUCAGGGCAUGGCUUCUGUGCCGAGGGAACAUGCAUCUGCAAGAAAGGCUGGAAGGGACCGGACUGUGCCACCAUGGACCAGGAUGCGUUGCAAUGUCUGCCCGAUUGUUCCGGCCACGGGACGUUCGAUCUGGACAGUCAGACGUGCACUUGCGAGCCGAAGUGGAGCGGCGAGGACUGUUCGCAGGAACUGUGCGACCUGAACUGUGGCCAGCAUGGACGUUGCGUGGGCGAUAGCUGUAGUUGUGAUGCUGGUUGGGGUGGCGAAUUCUGCAACAGCAAAUUGUGCGAUCCGCGCUGUAACGAGCAUGGCCAGUGUAAGAACGGAACGUGCCUGUGCGUCACCGGCUGGAAUGGCAAGCACUGCACCUUGGAGGGCUGUCCCAAUGGUUGCUCUCAACAUGGUCAGUGCCACGUAAGUGGAGAACUGAUGUGGGAAUGCCGUUGCUACGAAGGCUGGGAUGGUCCGGAUUGUUCGAUGCCGUUGGAACAGAACUGUGGCGACAACAAGGACAAUGACAGAGAUGGCCUUGUGGACUGCGAAGACCCGGAGUGCUGCGGAAGCCACUCGUGCAAAACGAGUCAACUGUGCGUUUCCGCCCCGAAGCCGAUUGACGUGUUGCUCCGCAAGCAACCGCCCGCCAUCACGGCGUCCUUCUUCGAGCGGAUGAAGUUCCUCAUCGACGAGGGCAGCCUGCAGAACUACGCCAAGCUGGAAACGUUCAACGAAAGCGUUUUUUGGAAUCAUUUUAACGCAAGUCGAUCAGCCGUCAUUCGAGGCCGUGUGGUGACAUCGCUACAGAUGGGACUGGUUGGAGUACGUGUCAGUACUUCUACUCCCCUGGAGGGCUUCACCCUAACUCGUGACGAUGGAUGGUUCGAUUUGAUGGUCAACGGAGGUGGAGCUAUCACUCUACAGUUUGGAAGAUCGCCAUUCCGACCGCAGACCCGCAUUGUGCAAGUUCCAUGGAACGAAGUUGUCAUUAUCGAAACCGUCGUCAUGUCCACCAUGGACGACAAGGAGAAAACCGGACCACCUCAUACCUGCUUCUCGCAUGACUACGACUCGAUGAAACCCGUUGUUCUAGCCACGUGGAAGCAUGGUUUCCAAGGAGCUUGCCCGGAUCGCAGCGCCAUCCUGGCGGAGUCUCAAGUUGUCCAAGAAUCGCUUGCUAUUCCUGGUACUGGACUCAACUUGGUCUACCACAGUAGCAGAGCCGCUGGAUACUUGUCAACGAUCAAGUUACAAUUAACUCCCGAUGUAAUUCCACCCACUCUGAAGCUGAUCCACCUACGCAUUACCAUCGAAGGCAUUCUGUUCGAACGAGUCUUCGAAGCUGACCCUGGAAUCAAAUUCACCUACCCAUGGAACAGACUCAAUAUCUAUCGCCAACGAGUAUACGGCAUUACCACGGCAGUCGUCAAAGUCGGUUAUCAAUACACUGAUUGCAAAGAUAUCAUCUGGGACGUUCAAACUACUAAGCUCAGCGGUCACGAUAUGAGCAUCUCCGAAGUGGGAGGAUGGAACUUGGACAUUCACCAUAGAUACAACUUCCACGAAGGUAUUCUGCAGAAAGGUGACGGCUCCAACAUCUACCUGAAGCACAAACCUCGCGUUAUCCUAACCACCAUGGGCGAUGGGCACCAACGACCAUUGGAAUGCAGCGACUGCAACGGAAUCGCCUCUAAGCAAAGACUACUCGCACCGGUAGCUCUAGCUGCAGCUCCAGACGGAAGUCUCUACGUAGGUGACUUCAACUACAUUCGCCGGAUCAUGAUCGACGGAACCGUGAAGACUGUAGUAAAACUCAACGCAACUCGAGUUUCCUACCGCUAUCACAUGGCCCUUAGCCCCCUGGACGGUUCAUUGUACAUUUCCGAUCCGGAAUCGCACCAGAUCAUCAAGGUCAAGAACAAGGACGACUCGCACGAUCCCGAACACAAUUGGGAACCAGUCGUCGGAAGCGGCGAACGGUGUCUACCUGGUGACGAAGCACACUGCGGCGAUGGUGGUUUAGCACGCGAUGCCAAACUAGCCUAUCCCAAAGGCGUCGCCAUUUCCUCGGAUAACGUUCUUUACUUUGCCGACGGUACCAACAUUCGUAUGGUAGAUCGCGAUGGCGUCAUCACUACCUUGAUCGGUAAUCACAUGCAUAAGUCACACUGGAAACCGGUCCCAUGUGAGGGUACCCUGAAGAUCGAAGAAAUGCACCUUCGCUGGCCCACAGAACUGACUAUCAACCCACUAGAUGACACACUUCACAUCAUCGAUGAUCACAUGAUCCUUCGCAUGACACCGGACGGACGCGUACGAGUAAUCGCUGGUCGUCCACUACACUGUGCUUCAGCAUCACCAACCACAUUCGAUUCAGACCUCGCAGCGCACGCUACGCUCGUAAUGCCCCAAAGCAUCGCUUUUGCUCCAUCCGGUGAUCUCUACGUGGCGGAAAGCGACUCCCAGAGAAUAAACCGCAUCCGAGUGAUUGGAACCGAUGGUAAAGUAGCUUCAUACGCCGGAGCCGAAUCCAAGUGCAACUGCCUGGAACGUGGAUGCGACUGCUACGAAGCCGAUCACUACCUAGCUAUCAGUGCCAAAUUCAACACGAUCUCAGCCAUCACUGUAACACCGGACGGUCACGUCCACAUCGCCGAUCAAGCCAACUACCGCAUCCGCUCCGUCAUCUCAAGUCUUCCGGAAGCCGGUACUUCCAAGGAGUACGAAAUCUACGCUCCAAACGCUCAAGAAAUUUAUGUAUUCAAUCGGUUUGGUCAACACAUUGCCACCAAGAACAUCAUGACCGGGGAAACGACCUACAGUUUCUUGUACAACGUCAACACAUCAAAUGGAAAACUCAGCACUGUAACCGACGCAGCCGGCAACAAGGUAUUCCUCCUACGAGACUACACCGCGCAAGUUAAUUCCAUUGAGAACACCAAGGGCCAAAAGUGUCGCCUACGUAUGACCCGUAUGAAAAUGCUGCAUGAACUCAACACUCCGGACAACUACAACGUCACAUUCGACUAUCACGGUCCAACCGGUCUGCUGAAGACCAAACUCGACUCCACUGGACGAUCGUAUGUGUACAACUACGACGAAUUCGGCAGACUGACCUCGGCCGUCACUCCCACCGGAAAAGUCAUUGACUUAUCGUUUGACUUAAGCGUCAAGGGAGCAACCGUCAAGGUCACCGAGAACUCGCAACGGGAGGUUUCUAUGCUCAUUCAAGGUUCAUCGGUUGUGUCACGAGUCGGCGAAGCUGCCACGAAGACUACAGUAAUGGUUGACGGAGGUACCACCAGUGUGGCACCUUGGGGUAAUACAGUUUCCGUCGAAUCGGUACCCUACAUUCUACUAGCGGAAAUCGAUCCUCUGUUGGGUGAAAGCUACCCGGUGCCGUCGAAGCAGCGAACUGAAAUCAAUGGAGAUUUGUCCAACCGAUUCGAGUGGAGAUACUUCAUUCGACACGUUCCGGUCCGAGGAAAGAACGCCCGAACACUUACCCAGGUCGGCAGGAAACUACGUGUGAAUGGAGAGAACUUAUUGACAUUUGAAUACGAGAAGGACAGUUCGUCGAUCACCGUCUCCGUGGACGACAAAACUGACCUGUUGAACGUAACGUACGACAAGUCGUCGCGACCAAUUGCGUAUCGCCCACAGUCGGGUGAGUACGCCGACGUAGAUUUGGAGUAUGAUCGCUUCGGACGAUUGAUCUCGUGGAAGUGGGGUAAUCUUAAGGAAGAAUACACUUUCGAUCGCGCUGGUAGACUGAAUGAAAUCAAGUACGGCGAUGACAGCUCGAUUGUGUACGCCUUCAAGGAUAUGUUCAGCAGUCUACCGUUGAAGGUAACAACGCCUCGUAGAUCGGACUACCUGCUGCAAUACGAUGAUGCUGGUGCGCUGCAGUCAUUGACAACUCCCAGAGGACACAUCCACGCGUUCUCACUUCAGACAUCGCUGGGUUUCUUCAAGUACCAAUACUUCUCGCCGAUCAAUCGUCAUCCAUUUGAAAUUCUGUACAAUGACGAUGGACAGAUCUUGGCUAAAAUUCAUCCGCAUCAGUCUGGAAAGGUGGCGUUCGUGUACGACAGCGCUGGACGGUUGGAGACCAUUUUGGCUGGAUUGUCUUCGACGCAGUACAUCUACCAAGAGAGCACGAGUUUGGUGAAGAUGGUUGAAGUUCUUGAGCCAGGAUUCGAACUGAGAAGAGAGUUCAAAUAUCACGCCGGUGUAAUGAAAGACGAAAAGCUGAAGUUCGGUUCAAAGAGUGCUUUGGCAUCGGCACAUUUCAAGUAUCAGUAUGACGGUAAUGCCCGGAUGAGCGGAAUCGAGAUGGAUAUCGAUGGCAAGGAUUUACCGAUAUUGCGGUUCAAGUACGGCCAGAGUCUUGGAACACUGGAUGCGAUAAGUGAUUUACGGAUAACAAGGAAUGCAUUUAAUAGAACCGUAGUUCAGGAUACCUCCAAGCAGUUUUUCACGAUCACAGAUUUUGAUGAACAUGGAAGAGUGAAGAGUGUUCUGAUCAAUAUCAAGUCGUUCGAUGUUUAUCGUCUGGAAUUGGACUACGACCUUAGGAAUAGGAUCAAAACGCAUAAGGUAAUGGUAGGUCGAGUGACCUCGCUGGACAAAGUGAACUACAAUGCCGAUGGACAUGUGAGUGAAGUGGUUGGAACAAACAGCUGGAAGUAUCUGUACGAUGAGAAUGGUAACAUAAUCGGCAUUUUGGAGCAUGGUGAUAAGACAAACUUGGGUUAUGACACUGGUGAUCGUGUGGUACAGGUUGGAGAUGUGGAGUUCAACAGCUACGAUGCCCGCGGUUAUGUUGUCAGGCGUGGAGAGCAAAAGUAUCGGUAUAACAACAGAGGCCAGCUGAUUCAUGCUUUGGAGCGCGAUCGCUUCCAAACCUGGUACUUCUACGACGAUAUGGGUCGAUUGGUGGCCAGUCACGAUGAAAAGGGAAAUGUAACGCAGUACUUCUACGCUAAUAUCAACGCACCUGAGCUGAUUACACACAUCCACUAUCCGAAGGUGUCGAGAACGUUCCGUUUCUUGUACGACGAUCGUGACAUGUUGGUGGCUGUGGAAACGGGCGAACAGCGAUACUACGUAGCAACCGAUCAAAACGGAUCUCCGAUCGCGUUCUUCGAUGUGAACGGAAAUAUCGUGAAGGAGAUUCGACGAACUCCUUUCGGAAAGGUCGUUAAGGAUUCCAACCCGGACUUCUUCAUACCAAUCGAUUUCCACGGAGGACUAUUGGAUCCGAAUACUCGACUGGUAUACCUGGAGAAGCGAUUAUAUGACACAGCGGUUGGGCAGUGGAUGACUCCUUCAUGGGAACAACUGGCUACGGAGAUGCGUCUGCCGACGGAUGUCUUUAUUUAUCGAUUCCACAAUAACGAUCCAAUCAAUCGCAAAGAACCAAUGAACUACAUGAACGAUUUGAAGUCUUGGUUGAAGCUGUUCGGAUACGACGUGACCAAGAUGCAAGGAUCCAAGUACACCAAGGAUAUGAUCUACAGACCGAAGGCCAUGAUCAAAUCGCCGCAACUUGCACCCGACUUUGGCGUAAUGUCCGGACUACAAUGCAUCGUUGAGAAGGUCGAUGAAAAGUUCUCGGACUUUGGAUUUGUACCGAAACCAUUGCUCAAGAUGGAACUGAAGACAAGCAAUUUGCUACCCCGAGUUGCCUACCGACGUGGAGUCUUCGGCGAAGGUGUGCUGAUCUCUCGUAUUGAUGGACGAGCAUUGGUUAGCGUAGUCGACGGAUCGAACAGUGUUGUUCAGGAUGUCGUAUCGUCGGUGUUCAACAGUUCAUAUUUCUUGGAUCUACACUUUAGCAUUCACGAUCAGGACGUGUUCUACUUCGUGAAAGACAAUAUUAUGAAACUCCGAGAUGACACUGAGGAGCUGCGAAGGUUAGGUGGAAUGUUCAACAUUUCGACUCAUGAGAUCAACGAUCAUGCGGGAACGAACGGUAAAGAACUCCGGUUGCAUGGACCAGACGCGGUCGUGAUCAUCAAGUAUGGUGUCGAUCCCGAACAAGAGAGGCAUCGAAUUCUGAAGCAUGCCCACAAACGAGCAGUGGAAAGGGCUUGGGAACUGGAGAAGCAGCUGGUGGCUGCGGGCUUCCAAGGACGCGGUGACUGGACGGAGGAGGAGAAAGAAGAACUGAUAUCGCACGGUGAUGUCGAUGGAUGGGUCGGUGUCGACAUUCAUAGCAUACACAAAUAUCCUCAGCUGGCGGAUGAUCCAGGCAAUGUAGCCUUCCAGCGAGAUUCAAAGCGAAAACGACGGAAGAGUGGGGGAUCGCACAAAACGCUGACGCUAAGGCAGCACAGGCACGAAACCUCGUGAAAUACCACUGGCGCCACGUUAGCCUCCCAACGUUAGUGUAAUAUCUCUAUCCGAUCUGUGAAGCUUUCCAAAAAAAAACAUAACUGAAACGUUGCGCAUGCAACAAGAUAAGCAAAUUUCAAAGAACGCUCUCUCUUUUAAGGAAAAUCUUUCUCCGAGAACUGAUUUGAAGGAAGAGACGUAAAUAUUAGAAAUAUUGUGAUACAUAGAUUUAUUUUGGAUUAUUUUCGUAGGGUUAAACAAAAUGAGAAUAACGAUUAAAGAAGAUGAUAGGAUUGUGCAAAGAUGACAUGUGGCCGUUGCAAGUUUUCUACACUUGAGCACUCGAGAGUAGCCCUUUCUCUUUCGGAGAGAGUCAGAACAACAUAUACCAGAAUGAUAAUAUCAGCAAACAUUGAAAUACUUUCACAUACAAAAACUCACAGGAAGCGAAACACACCACUGAAGAAAAUACCCAUAGCAAACUGCUAAAGAAUCGAAAGAGAACAUAUUUUUAUAGACAUCCCCCAGGCAAAAACAAUAAGAAAUGCUACAAAAUGAAAAACGUAAAAAUAUGGUUUCCGCCAUGUUGUGAAUGUCGCCAGUUUAUUUCUACGAGACACCGACCCAUCACCAUAGUCAUCACAACCAAAAGAUCCGAGCAAAUUUAACAAUAAUCAAUAGCUGUUAGACCCAAAACCCCCUGAAAAGAAGUCAAAUGUCAUCACUAAGAACAAUGUUCAUCAAAAUAUUAAAUGGUAUCAACAAAACAAACGAAUCAAAUCAAAACUCACCCUUUGUCACUCACAAACAGAACGAUGAAAACGAAAAAAAAAUACACAUAGUCAUUACAUACUAAAUGGAGAGGGAAAACGAUCAGAAAUGUGAGGAAAGGAAUAUUAUCAUUUUGUAUGUUUUGCCGAUACGAACGUAAUGAAAGAGAGAGAGAGAAAGUGAAAGAAAAUCGUAAGGGCGAGCACGGAGAAAACUUAUAAAUAGUGGAGAAUGUAGUUAAUUAGAUGAAAAUUCAAUGUGAAAUUGUGAAUGUCUUUUAGCAGUAAGAAAAGCAAAUAGUUUUUAAGAUCGAAACAUCAUGAACAAACAGUAGAAUAUGAAAAUUUGAACAAAAUACAGACAAAAUAAAAAGCAGAACGUUAUAAGCAAAGCAAAAAUUGGUGUUGUGCGAACAGUGCCAUUUGAACUAGUCGAAGUGUCCGCGAUGUUAAUGACGGCAUCACUCUGAUCACGUUAUUGACCGCGGCUCAAACAAACUUAAAACAGACAAAACCGGAGACAACUCAAAAAUGGUCGUGGAGAUAUUUUUACAAACAAAGAAUCUUAAUGAAAAAUAAUACAAAACAAGCAAAAUAACACGCAAAACGGACUGACUGAGAAAACUCGUAAAACCCAAAACGCGGAUUAGAAAAUGUAAGAUGAAAGCAGAAGUUACAAGUGGUGCCAUAUAAAGAAGGAAGAAAUGAAGAAACGAGAAGCGUUGAAACGGGAACGAUAAAGCACUUAAUUGUUAAGGAGACUAAGAGCAAAUCGUGUACAGUAAGGUAGGAAAAAUAUAGAUGAUUAAGGCGAAUGAAAAGAAGGACAGACUCAAAGCUUAUAUAGUGAAAUCUCCUCUUUCUGCAAAAUUUAAUGAUUUUAUCGGAACGCUGAGACGAUGCUCGAUUGCCAUGGCAGUUCCAUCCCAACGUGCAUUGUCUCUGGCAAACAACUGUCUCUCUUCGAAUAUACAGAAACGGAACAGUGAACAAUGCGUGUAAGUAGUAGUAAACCAUGACGCGCAGUUAUGCGAUUUUUAAUUUGUACAAAGACACGCUAUUUUAAUUUCGAUUCAGAAUCGAGCUUAACGUGAACAGAAAUAAUAUGAACGUAAAAAAUGUUGAUUUUCACUAACUCUUGAUACACCACAAAAACAAAUAACAACAACAAACGAAACGAAAUCAUACAUACACAGACAAAAAUCCGUCUUGCUUCCUGAUUUUAAACUGAUAAGUAGAGAAAAUAAAAACUCGAGAAUACAAUCUCUAGCGAAUGUCGAUAUAGUAAAUGGAAAUUACAACUCAAAUGGUUGACAGCAAACAGUAAAAAACGAAAGAAGAAAAAUGAUGAAUUCUCUCUUUUCUUGGCUUCUACAGGGUAUUUGUAAUAAAUUCUAUAGAGAGCAGCACAUGACAAAAAUGAAAUAGAAAUCUGUAUUCAGAGCGCAAAAAUCUACAGAAAAGAAAAACAGUUGAAUCGUAAUAAGUAACAAACAAUACCAAACCACAUAACAUAAAAACACUAAAUAGAAAACCCGAUAAUACAGUUCCACAUGAGAACAGAGAAAAAUGGGAAAUUAUAUUUUCUUUCACACAACCGUCAUACACACUCACACAAUCGAAUACUCGUUUCCUCAUAAUACUCUCACCAAUACUCGCUCAUACAGACACAGUAGACUAUUGUUUUUGUGCAUUUUCCUCGAAGACAACCGUAAACCAAAGGACGCUUAUUAAUUAUUCUUAUUAAACUCAGUUUGACAUAUGCUUUCCAAUAUUAUGCCGGAGAUUGUUUAUUUUCUAUACUUAAACACUGCAUUUAUACUGUUAGUGAGAAUGAGAAUGCUACUUCCCUUCCCUCCACGAUCCGCGUGGAUAAAUAUUGCCACCAAUGUGUAGUUUCGUUGACGGAGCUCGUCAUUUUCAAAUUCUUAGCGAUGAGAUAAAUUUUACCAAGAGACCGUAGAAUCGUAGCGAAUUACUACAGAUACUAUAGAAAACGUUGAACUGAAAAGCAAUACAAACGACUAGAAGCUUUGUUUCUUCGCGCCCCUGUUGCUUUCGUUCUCGAUGCGAGAGCACUAUUUUCGACUCGACGUGUUAAUUUAAACUGUAAAUUUCUCUAAAAAAAAACAUCUGCGAUCGAAAUCGUUACUAAAAAUCGUCCCAAAACUGUGCAAUCCGAAAAUUGUUUCAAAACAAUCGUAUCAUUCACUGGAAUGCCAUUGAGCAUCACCAAGUGUGUAAAAUUCUUGUAUAUAAUUUGUUUUACAAAAGCAAAACGCAUAUUUAUUGUUUCUGAUUUUGUCCACAUCCGCAAAAUCUUAGUUUGUAAUAAAAAAGAAAAGGCAUUUCCCGAAAAAAUGAAUUCUAGUAGUUCAUUUUUCAUCAGUUGACUAAAAAUAUGUAUAUAGAUCCAAGCAACCUGUGUGCACAUUACUAUGUCUCUCGCUCAGCUGAGUUGUGCCAGAGGUUACUUAGUUUUAACCUGUAUAACCGUGAAACUUGUCGUUAUAUUGAAGAAAACCACAAAAAUCCGUACCCGGCGAUCAUUGCUAUAAUAUAGUAAUAAACAAACCGGCUGUACCAAUCAAUAAACAGUCUUUUUGUAGAACCCUAUCCCGAACCCGACCCAGCAUCUCUUUUUGUACAUUUUCCAACCCACAACACGCAGACAAGAAUCCCCACGUGAACCGUAGGACUGUAAAAUCAAACGUUUUUAACAGACGCCAUUUGAGAAGAAUCAAAGAAGCCGGCAAAUGACGACUAACAACAAAUGUUACGACAAAUAUUAUCAAUUGUGGUCAUGUGAAUAUCGGAAGCAGCAACGCAAAUAAGUCAAACAUGACGGAAAAAGGCAGAAGCGAAAUCGAACGAAGCUAGUGAGUGAAUCUCCUUUUUGUAACAUAUUAAUGCUAGGGAAGAAUAAAA